AUGUCAGGGCCGGCAGCUCAACUGUCGCCUCAGCAGCUUGAAGCACUUCUGAAUGGACCAGCUGGACCGCCACCUCCCGGGGUUAGGCCUGACUUUGAUAAUCCUGCCAAUUUAAACGGUCUAUUCAUCUUGACCUUGACAUUGUGUUUGGUAUUUGCAGGCUUUGCUGUAUUGAUGCGGAUCUAUACCAAGCUCUUCCUCAUUCGGUCUUGGGACUACGAAGAUUAUGCGAUCAUACUAGGAUGGACUCCAGAUUCCGCUGAAGAUGCUUGUGUGACGUCCGUCUUACGGACAUACUACACCUGGAAAGUUGUGAAAGAGCCGGACGUCAGCUAUAACAUUAUCCUGAUGGGCCUUUGGACUCUGGCCGAGGUCGCAACCGGAAUCAUUAUCAGCUGCCUUCCCGUCCUGCCCAGAUUCUUCCGACACGCCGGUCCCAUAUUGUAUCGAGCGUUCUCGCUCGGAUCCAAGUCUUCAUCAUCUUCCGGCUCUGCGAGUACGGGGAGAAAUGCGAGACCCUGUCUGACGUCUCCUACAGUGUCUAUGGCUAGAACACCGAGAACCCUGAACAAUUCCCGUAUUUCCAAGGCACACGUCAAAGGCGAGUACACAGAGAUGGAAGAGUACGAUGCAACGAUUUCACAAGCGACCGCUACGCACCAGUUACGCCCCGGACCGAUCAAGUCCAAUCGUGAAUUGGAGAGUGGGGGGUAUGGCUUCCCCCUUCGGGAUACGUUUUAUGGUGAGACGCGGCUCGAUACGUCCUUCUAG